AUGUUCUAUACGUACGGAUGCCUGCCCGUGAUAACUGGGUCUGAUCCCCCUCUUUCCUGGCCCAUUAAGGACACUGCCAGCCUGCUCGCGGAGGAUAGCAGCAGCACCCACAGCGAAGAUGGAGCCACUGAUCCAGGCGAGGACAGCCCCAGCGAGGCCAGUCACGGUGCCGAAUCUAAGUCCAGCGAGGGCGCGACACCGGAGGCAUCGGAUCCUGCACCAGCUCCCACAGUGGUGACCCUUGAAUGGAACGGCUUCGACUGCUACCGCCCCUACCUCAUCAUUGCAGCCAUCACUGACAACUCUCAGCAUAAGAUCACGUGGCUGGACGAUAAGAAGCACCGGUCCUUCGACAUCCUCGCCCUCUACGUCGGCAACGACCCAGAGUGGUCCUGUCCCGAGUGCGUGGCAGUCUAUCGCCGCCAUGGCUUCUCCUGGCAGCUGCUGCGCCAGGUUUCCCAGACCUCUGUGUGGCCGCGGGUCACCGACCGCUACACCCACAUCAUGGUCGCGGACGACGACCUCAUCAUGUCCACGCGAGCCAUCAACGUCGCGUUCGAUGUCGCCAGCCAGUAUCGGCUGGCCCUCAGCCAGCCCUCUGUCUGCCGGCACCCAGACAGCUACACCUUCUGGACCCAGGUGUACCAGGACCCAGAGAAGGUGCUGCGGUACACGGCAUUUGUGGAACUCAUGGCACCCAUCUUUGACAUGCCGACGGUCACCUCUGUCCUGCUCCCCAACCUGGAUGAAAACACCGCCACAGGCUACGCGCUGGACUUUGUGUGGCCCCUCCUCCUCGACUACCCGAGGGACAGGAUCGGGGUGGUGGAUGCAGCCUGCAUGAUCCACCCUGCUCACCAGAGCGAGAAGACCGCCAUCUACUCCCUCACCCACCCCCACGGAUGGUCGGAGUGGGACGAGGAUGAUGCGGUAAAACGCAAGUAUGGACUGCACGACGAGCCCUGGUUCAAGAAGGGUCUGGAGGAGAUGCCAGGCUACAUCACGUUUGGCGGCGUCAAUGCCAGCCAGGGCUGGAAUGAUGUUGGCCCGCGCGACCAUUGCUCUGGGCUGUACUCGGGGGCCAACCUGGAGAUCCACACAUUGCCAGGCAUGGACUUCCUCGCCUGGGCCCUCGUCCUGCAGGUCAUCACCGUGAUUAUCUUCUGUCUGGUCAAGCUAAGGCGUCGUGCAAAGUGGACAGGGCUGAGCGCCAGCCUUCUGGGGCCCGGCCCCGGCACCUGUCUUGCACCCAUGCAUGAUGCACCGACCAGCAUGGGCAAGACUGUUUUCCCUACCACACUGGCAUAG